AAUGAUAAAGAAUAGCUUAUACUGAUACUAAUGAUAUAAUAACACUAUCAAUCAUUAUAAUAAUACUCAUUUCUUUUUUUAUAUUUCUUCAAUUUUACCUACCGACAAGGAGACAUCGUAUUGGAUCUGAUAGGACCCCUUAUUAACAUGUUGGUUGAAAGCAUUGUAUUGCUCUGAAUCAAUAGACAUGGGAAAUCUUAUAAUCACAACAUUUUAAACGUAUACGUUUAUAAACUAAACUAAAUGUAGGCGAAAUAAUGAGUGUAGCUCAGCUACACUACGAUAAUAAAUUUUUUUGGUUUUUGCUUGCUUAAAUAUCUUUGCAUUAAUGGUAAGAAAGCAUCUUCAAAAAAUAUUUCUGCUUCUAUUAUUUAAUAAUUGCCUAUUCAACGUUCAUUGUUCUUAUUUUAUUAAAAACCUAACGACUUAUUUCUUAAGUGUAAGUGCAGCAUUUAUGGGAAAAUUAAGUUUUUCCACUUUUGUAGUGCCUCCUCUGAAUCUAGGCAUCUUAUCUAGUGGAAGACGAUGUUUCCACUUUCUUUUUUGAUAAAAAACGUUAUUAUCCUGGUAUAGGCCAUAUAUUUUUAUUCUCAGAAAAUUAAAAUAGCGACAUAUCUGUAUUUUUUCUUUAAUUGAAUAUGGAAUAUACUGAUCUUAAUCUGCUUGCACUCCCAGCAUGUCACUCGUAUUGUUUGGAAAGCCAUUACUUGUGCCGCAAUGAUCGUUAACCUCUGAAUGACCCCGUUUGAAGCCAACGCCUCUAAAAAUGACGCAUUCGCGUAGUUCCCCAGUUCCGCCAGACGAUGGUGCACGGACACAAUUCAGAUCACCGAUUUCGAGCUCCAGAGAACCAAACUCAGACGCGCGUCGUUGCGCGUACCCUUUACAUCCCACCCAUAUUUUCCACCGUGCACGAGUUUACCUCUGGAGGUCAUCAAGCAGGAUUUACGACUGGUCAACAAAAGCACGUGAUUCUAAGCCGUACCCCAUAUUUGGGUGUCUACGUAAGAGAGAAUCAAGUACAUGUCCUACUCAUUUCCAUAAUUCAUCAUAAAUUGUGCAGGGGUGCUUAAGAACGCGCUAAACCAUCAAGAGCCACAAAUCAAGUACGUACGUUUAUUGUAUUUCUAAAAUAUAAAAUAAACUAUACUUAAAACGAACAACCGUGGAUUGUCAACAAAUGAGCUCCUAUUUUGUGAACUCAUUCUGCGGACGUUACCCCAACGGCGCGGACUUUCAGUUACAUAAUUAUGGAGAUCAUAGUUCGACAAACGAGCAAUACAGGGACUCAACAGCCACCAUGCAUUCCAGUAGGUAUGGCUAUGGCUACAACGGGAUGGACCUGACCGUCGGGCGGGCAGGACACUUUUUGGGCAACGAGCGAUCGCAAGGCUACUCCCCGAACCAUUCGGCGGCCACCACGUCCUCUGUCGAGCAAGUCAGGUACACUCAAACCGCCAACAGCACUGGGACCUCUUCGCUGUCCCCUCCACCUGACCCUCUUCCGUGCUCUUCGAUCGCGAGCUUGUCCCCGGUCACCGAUCCUCAGCAGCAGCAGGUUCAGCACCGAGCCAUCAAAAACUCCAUCGCCAGCGCGUGUCCAACGCCGUGUUCCAACUCGAAUGGCGGCGCGAUGCUGAACCGGGCUGACUGUGCAGCCAAAGCCAUGCCCCUGGAGGAGGACAAGCCCGCGGGAAGCGCACAGACAACUUCCCAAAAUGCCACCGACUCAACCCAACCUCAGAUCUAUCCGUGGAUGAGGAAACUACAUAUAAGUCAUGAUAUGUCUGGUCCAGAAGGGAAGAGGGCGAGAACUGCGUACACCCGGUACCAGACCCUGGAGUUGGAGAAAGAGUUUCACUUCAACCGGUACCUGACGCGCAGACGGAGGAUCGAGAUCGCCCAUGCCCUCUGCCUCUCUGAGCGGCAGAUCAAGAUCUGGUUCCAGAACCGGCGGAUGAAGUGGAAGAAAGACAACAAGCUCAAGAGCAUGAGCAUGGCAGCAGCUGGUGGCGGAGGCUACCGGCCUUGAUAUUGUGUCAAAGGAUAGCACCCACAAAGAGAAGGUUCUGGAAAGUUCUGUUCUUGUAUCAUUCCCCCCAUGCAAAUUGUGCGAGAGACUUCUUGGACUUCUUGGUUGGGGCCGUGGGGCCCCUCGCAUGCCAAUGACGGGCCCUCUAUUACUUCCGAUACAAUUAUUAUACGUUUUUCCUAUUUUGGACCGUGUUUAUGAUUGUGUAAGUAAUAUUGAUGUACAGUUCUGUUUAGAGUUAGAGGAAAGCGCAAAAAUAAAAUACACGUGUAACUUAUUCCUUCUUGAGAAAGAAUUCAAUACAGUCAUUUAAAAAAUGUUGUGUCGCAAAAAAGCCAGUACAAAUAUGUGUAAUGUCGCCUAUACCAGAACAAAAACAGCCGAAUAAAAUAAAUACAUUGGUAUGAACUCUAGCUGCCAUUAUGUUUAGCCUUUUGUUUUAUAUGUAUGUAAGUAUGUAUGUAUGUAUUUAUUUAAUUGAUGUAUUGUACCGAACAGUUAACUUGCUUCUAGACCAACAACGUAAACCUUGUGUGGUUAUUCUGUGCGUUGUGAGCCGUGUAAGGGCAGACGUCCCAAUCAAAUGUUGUAUGUAGCUCUGCCUUGUAUUCUCCUUUCUGCACGGGCUGCUACUUUGUUUUCAUUAUUCGCCUCUCGCAGCAUCUUAGUAAAAUGUGCUUGUCUUUGUUUUAUAUAUAUUUUAUAUGUUGACGGUCCCGCGGAGACCCCCGAAUUGCAUUAAGUGUAUAGUGCCAUCGUGAUAAACCUUUUUGUAAAUGUUUUUAAAUGACUGGAAGUCGAGAAAAUACUAUAACGAUGAUGAUGGGGAUUAUAAUAAACUUUCUACUGGAACGGAAA